AUGGCAUUUUCGACCAAGAUCAAAACCCCCUAUUUGAGAUCGGAGCAAACACUUCCUUCAAGUUGAGAGUAUCAGUGCAACUACUGCGUACGUAGCAAACCAGCCGUACAUAUACGGGUUCAGUUCCGCGCGUUUGCCUGUUUGAUUCGCAAAGAUGUCCGGCAAGGCUCCGAGCGCUGGCACUAAGGUGACCACGGGUGAGAACAUCCCGACGACCCGCGAAGCCCCAGGCAAAGUGGCCGAGGAGUCGCUGGCGGCCGAGUCAGCCCGCAAGGGCGGCGCGUUCGCCGCCAAUCCCGGCCAGGAGCAGGCUCCCCAGAAGAGGCAACCACAGCCGCAAUCCUCGCAGCAGCAGCAGAGCUCCCGCUCUGGCACCGAGGAGGGCGGCACGGCCGUCAACAAGACGACCUCGCUGAACCUCGAGAACCAGCAGACCGCCCGCGGCAGCGGCGGCAGCAGCAAGGGAGCAGCGCCGACCGAAGACCUCAGCCUCGAGAACCAGCAAGCCUACGGCGGCCCCGCGCCGUCCUACGUGCUCAACCAGCGCCACCGCGACCCCGCCGGCCCGCACGGCAAGAACCUGACCGAGGGCGGGUUCGAGGGCAGCGGCACCGCGGAGGGCCCGCUGCCGGAGCCGGGCAGCAUCCAGGACCCGGCGAGGGUCGCGGCGCGGGAUCUGAGGGCGGGCAUGGCGGGCCGGGGCGGGGACGCCGGCCGCCCGCGGCAGACGGAAGGCGUCGAGGGGAAGAGCUGGUAUACCCCUCUCGGAGGGGAUGAGCCGGCUUAGGUUGGGUGUUAGUUCCGUCGUGAGUUGAGGGGGGCUGCUCUGGGUGGAGG